UAUUUGUCUCUUUUCCAUAAUAUUUUUUUUCUUUUCCUUUUCCUGUACUUGGUUGCAGAACAUUGGCUAUAUUUCUCCGUGUUUACCCACCUUGCACAAGAAUGGGGAAGACCCGGCUGGCGAAACAGAGCUGCUAUUGCCUCAUAUGCCUCUGCUUUGUCCUCUCUCAGCCAACCACCAGAACAAAUCACGCGCUUCUCUACAUCUCUCCCCACCUUUUUACCCUUCUGACUCUGCUUUCCACUACACGGCUCAGCUCAACUUUUUCUCUGAAAACCUUUUAAACUCGGCACUUGCCCUUCGACUGUGUCCCACCUGAACUUUUCAUUUUCUAAGAGAGAGAGAGACAGAGAAAGCAGAUUGAGGAGUGCACAUGCUUACUUCCAACUAUCAGUCAUGUUUCAUGGAAGCUAUUGACCAGUCUGAUGGGAAAGGAAGAGAUAAAGGUUGGAGUUCAAAAGAAAGAUAAAUAACUGCUGAACAAACAGAAGGGUGGUUUGGUGUGUGUUUUCCCCCAAAAAACAGUGCAAACAUACAAGAGACAGCUGUUGAUCCCAGAACACAAAAGGACAUAAAGAGGGGCAUUGCAAGAAUGAGACUUUGCCUCUUCCUCUUCGCCUUUUCCCAUGGGGUGCUCAGUGACCUCGUCCAACUGGAGAAAAUGUAUGGAAGGAUUGCAUCCCCCGACUUCCCGAACAUUUACCCCAAUGGCAAGGAGAGGACAUGGAACAUUACUGUGCCCCCUGGCUAUGGUAUCCGCCUCUACUUUACCCACUUCAAUCUAGAGCUUUCCUACCAGUGCGAAUAUGACUAUGUGAAGUUGCGUUCAGGAGGGACAGUCUUGGCCACCCUGUGUGGACAUCAGAGCACAGACACUGAGGAAGUCCCAGGGGACAGGACCUACCACUCCAUCAACAACAACCUAGCUGUGACUUUCCGAUCAGACUAUUCCAAUGAGAAAGAAUUCACUGGCUUUGAGGCCUUUUAUGCUGCUGAAGACAUUGAUGAGUGUGAACAGCUCCCUGACAGUGAGCCACUUUGCGAUCAUCGUUGCCACAAUUACCUGGGUGGCUACUACUGCAGCUGUAAAAUUGGCUACCGUCUACACAAAGACAAAAGGACCUGUACAGCCAAUUGCGUAGAUAAGGUGCUGACUGCAAGAUCUGGAGAGAUUUCCAGUCCACGUUAUCCCAACCCAUAUCCCAAACUCUCCCAGUGCAAUUAUGGGAUCCAGGUGGAAGAUGGAUACAUGGUCGUCUUGGAAUUUGUGGGAAGCUUUAAUGUAGAGACCCACCCAGAAGUGGAAUGCCCCUAUGACAUCCUUAAGAUCAAAACACCCAAGCAAGAAUUUGGCCCGUUCUGUGGGGACACCCUCCCUAUGAAAAUUGAAACCCAUAGCAACACCGUCAACAUCCAGUUCACCACAGACCUCUCUGGAGAUCACACAGGAUGGAAAAUCAGAUAUACCACAACAGCAUUGCCAUGCCCCAACCCUGAAGCGCCACCCAAUGGCCACAUCUAUCCAGUGCAAGAAAAAUAUAUUAUGAAAGAGUCCUACAGUCUCUCCUGCGAUAUCGGCUACGUACUCUUGGAAAAUAAGAUGAUUGUGGAAUCUUUCAUGGCGAUAUGUCAAAAGGACGGCUCCUGGAACAAGCCAAUGGCUCAGUGCAUCAUUGUUGACUGUGGUCCAGCCGAGGACACAGCAAACGGUGCACUGGUGUACGUCACAGGGCCUGAUAGAACUACAUACCAAACUGAGAUCAAAUACAAAUGCGAAAGCCCCUACUAUGCUCUGAAAGCCGGACAUUCUGGCAGGUUCCUGUGCGCCCCUGAUGGCUACUGGAGAGAUUCCAUGGGAAACAAAGCACCUCCUGUAUGUGAGCCAGUUUGCGGAAUCCAAACUUCAAAUACUCUGAAGCGCAUUUUUGGUGGAAAGAAGGCACUGCCUGGCCAGUUUCCUUGGCAAGUUCUGAUCACUAAUGGACAAGGAGCAACUGGGGGUGGAGCUCUUUUGUACGAUAACUGGAUCUUAACAGCUGCCCACGUCCUCCCAGAAGCAGACGCUUCGUCCUUGACACUGAAAUUGGGGCUUCUAAGAAAGCGAAGCACUCACUACCACCAGGCCUGGGCAGAAUCUGUUUUUGUGCAUGCAGGGUUUACCAACGAUGGCAUCAAUUUUAACAAUGAUAUUGCUUUGAUCAAACUGAAGAACAAAGUCCCCAUUAAUGCAAACAUCACUCCCAUUUGCUUGCCAGGACAAAGCAGCAGGUUCCACAUAAACACAACCAACACUGGUGUAGUAGCUGGGUGGGGGAGAACAGAGAAAAGGAUGCAGUCACACAGCCUGAUGUACACUGAGCUAGAUGUGGUUGAUCCAGAGAAGUGUAAAGCUGCUUAUGCAAACCAGACUUUGGAGGGGAAGCAACUAGUGUUGACAGAAAACAUGUUCUGUGCUGGAUAUGAACAAGGAGGAAGAGAUUCCUGUAGCGGCGAUAGUGGCGGGUCACUGGUGUUUUUUGAUGCCGAAACAAAGAGGUGGUUUGCAGGCGGCAUUGUGUCCUGGGGUCCUCCAGAGUGUGGUUCUGCAGAGCUGUAUGGCGUAUACACUAAAGUGAUCAACUACAUUUCCUGGAUUGAAGACAUCAUUUCCCAAAAUUCUUGAUUAUUAUUUUUUACCAUUUCAUUUGUAUCACAUUACCAAGAAAAGAAAAGCUUUACAUAGAAUUACAAUUACGCAAGAAAUAAAAAAAUAUAGUACAUUAACUGGGACUUCAAUUUUAGGUAAAUAUGCCGAAGAUCAAGCAGUAAAUGCUUCCAGGUUAUUCAAUGUACAGCAGAACCCUGUGUAUGUUUACUCAAAAUCAUAUGCUACUGAGGGAAUUCAGUGUUGUGAGCUACCUAAGCAGGGAAGGCAGCAUGUUUUCAAAGAAAAUGAAACACACUCCAUGUAAAAUUAGGUAUCAUUUCACAUGCCUCUUGUGUGCUUGUUCUACUUUCGGGGAAUAGGGGGAAGCUGUUUCCUCCCCCCAACAGCUGGACCUUUAAAGUUGGUUUUUUCCCUACUCCCCCAGAACAAGUGCCAUACAAGGGUUUCAUAAGUUCAAUGCAACGUGUUUCUUCUUCCAAAUUUAAAUGUUAAUAAAAAAACCAAAUGUGUGCACUCUAUUGCUCUCCUCAGCAGAGGUACAUCAGAAUUUCUGUUCCUUCUGGGGGUACACGAGUGGGUCUGAAAAGUUUCCUAUUAAAGAUGCUCAACAAAGAGUUAUAAGAGAUGUAAUAUGUUGAUCAUCACAACCAGAUUAUUCAUAGAGGUGGUAAAAGAAUCCAGUCCCUAAAGUCACUUAGUAUCUCUUAGUGACAUGCUCCAAGAUUCUAAGCUGUUGCUUUUUUACCACUUCCAUUGCCACUGACAAUA